GCCAUCUUCCAGAUAUGGGUAUCAACAUGCCCACUGCAGAUCUUAAAGGCCCAGAUGCACAGUUAAAAACACCAGUUCUUAGGGUUAGAUUCCCAAAUGGGGGAAUUUACAUUGCCUCAUUAUAAGCUUCCGAAACUGGAUCUUUCAAGCCCUGGAGUAGAAGUUCCCAGUGUUCAUCCCUCAGUUCAGGCUGGACUGGAGGCAUCCAAGGUCAACAUAGAUAUGUCUACAGCAGAUGCAAACAUAUCGGUUCCUACAGUAGAUUUAAGUAGGUCGCUGUUUAAAGGUGCCAAAAAAGGACCAGAAGUAGAUGUGGAAGCUCCAAAGGUAGAUACUGGUCUUGAAAAACCCAAAUUGCCACAUUUCAAGGUUCCAAAACUGAGUUUCUCGGGAUCAAAAAUUAAAACUCCUGAGGUAAAUACCAGUCCAAAACUGUCACUUGAUGGCGAAAUCUCACCUCUCACUGUCUCUGCCCCUGAAAUGAGGACCAACACUCCUGAAAUAGCAAACACAGCUGGAGAUACUGGAAUCAAAGUUUCCCCAAAAAGUAAACUGAAAUGGCCCUUUAAAUGGGCAUUUAAAUCUAGCUCACUGGACACUGAGGAGCAUGGAGGCAAUGCUGAUGUGGAUGUUCCCAAAUUCAGAUUACACAGCUUGCCCAGAAACUGCGCAGACAAUAAAAGUGUUACGCCAGAUAUCUUUAGCCUGUCAAAAUCUGACAAUGAGGCCAAGGAUUAUGUUGUCAGCAAAGGAAUCCGUUUACCAAUAGUAAAUGUACCAUCAAGAAAUGGAGAAAGGAUUGACAUCAUGGAGAGGUUGAAAAUGGCAAAGGAAAAAGCACCAUCAACUAACACCUCACCAACAGAGGAGAGAACUAUUAGCUUGAAUAUGGCUCCUCUGAGUCUUGAUGCCUCUGGAGAAGCAGAAGACUCCAGUUUAGUUCGAGGAGGGACUUUCAAAGUGGAAAAGCCGGAGUACCCACUGGGCUUGAUAGCUCCUGAUAUUUAUUCAGCAGAUGAAAGUGAUAAAUUAUCAUUAAGCCUCUCCCAUAUGCUCGGCCUUAAUGUCAAGAAUUCAGAUGCUGACUGUUAGCUUCCAGAAAGCUGACCCCAGCCAAGAGAAGGCCAAAUGAAGGGAGCUGUUUCUCCAAACUAUGUUCAUAUCCCCGUUAUUUAUAUAUAUGGAUUUUUUUUCUUCUUCUUUUUUAAAAUUGUUAAUUUGAAAAUAUGAAACUUCCUUGUGCACUGCAUUUGUUGACACUUAAUUGUUUCAUUUUCAGACAAGUAACAUAAUUAUCCUUUUAAAUAAGUAACUGUGAAUGAAUGCGAUUUGAAUCUUGUGUUCAAUAAAAACACCAGUAUAUUAAAAUAUAUUCAAAGAUGACUAAAAAUCCCAUAUUAAUGUGUGAGGUAGAAUGAUGCAAUAGUAAAGACGUUUGUAAGGACUUGGAUUCAGGAACAGAGGGUUGAAAGUCCCAAUCCCAUGAUGAUACAAGGCAAUAAAAAAAUGAAUGCUGUAAAAUUUAAA